AUGGCGGAGGCCACGAAACUCAGCGAUGCGCCCAAGAGCGCCGUCGCAGCAACACUAGAACAACUCAAACCACAAGAGGCUGAGUCAAAGACGUUGAAAAUUGAAAACACUGAAAAACGCGAUACACUUAUCGCUGAAGAGAAGAAAUAUCAAAAGCAAUGGGCUGAGCAAGGAGUUUUCAACCCGGAUGCACCAUCACUCCACCAGGAGCCCUUCGAUACCACCACGCCUGGCCAGCUUCACGACAAGUACCCAAAAUGGUUCGGUUGUUUUGCAUAUCCGUACAUGAAUGGCACUCUCCACGCCGGGCACGGCUUCACGGCAAGCAAGGUCGAGUUCACAGCAGGAUUUGAAAGGAUGAGAGGAAAGCAAGCACUCUUCCCUCUCGGCUUUCACGUGACGGGUAUGCCAAUCAAAGCAUGUGCCGACAAGCUGGUUCGCGAAGUAGAAAUGUUUGGACAGAACUUUGAGCGCUGCCCUGUCGAAGAUGUCAUUGACACUUCUGUGCAAGAGCCCCCUGCCCCGACCCAAGCUGAGACCAAGACCGAUGUCACCAAGUUCAAGGCGCACAAGGGCAAGGCGUCCGCCAAGACGGUGAAGACGAAGUAUCAAUUUCAGAUUAUGCUUGCCCAAGGCAUACCUCUCGAAGAAAUCCACAAGUUCUCCGACCCGUACCACUGGAUAGAGUUUUUUCCUCCUCUCGCAAAGAAAGACCUCACAGCAUUCGGUGCUAGGAUAGACUGGAGACGUCAGUUUGUCACUACCGACGCAAACCCCUACUACGACAACUUCGUUGCCUGGCAGAUGCGCCGACUAAAAGCAUUGGGAAAGAUCAUCUUUGCAAAGCGCUACACUGUUUACAGUCCAAAAGACGGACAAGCAUGCAUGGACCACGACAGGCAGUCUGGAGAAGGUGUAACAGUCCAGGAGUACACUGCGCUCAAGAUGAAAGUGAUCAAAUGGGCCGACUCCGCCAAAAGCUGUGCCGAAGCCAUCCCCGAAGGUGCUUCUUGCUACUUUGUGCCAGCUACGCUUCGUCCAGAAACCAUGUACGGUCAGACUUCAUGUUUCGUGGGUCCUGUAAUCAACUACUCGUUACUCAAGAUCACUGAUAAGGAGUACUUCAUCCUGAGUGAGAGGGCUGCGAGAAACAUGGCAUACCAAGGUACCACUAAGAAGUGGGGUGAGUAUUCCAUCGUCAAGACUUUCUCUGGCAAGGACGUUGUAGGCACAGUCGUCAACGCCCCUCUAUCCGUUCACAAAGAGGUCUACAUCUUACCUAUGGAGACUGUCAAGGACACCAAAGGCACGGCGGUCGUCACAUGUGUGCCGUCAGAUUCACCAGACGAUUACAUCACUUCAUUCGACCUAGCCAAGAAGGCAGAGUACUACGGUAUCCAGAAGGAAUGGGUCAAGUUCGACGAUAUCCUGCCCAUCAUUGAGACACCAACGUACGGCAACCUCACCGCAAAGAGCCUAGUUGAAGAGAUGAAGAUCCAGUCUCCUAAGGAUGCUGCCAAGCUAGCAGAGGCGAAAGAUAAAGCAUACAAGGAAGGCUUUUACAAGGGCAAAAUGGUCUACGGCGACUUCAGCGGAAAGUCAGUCGAAGAGGCAAAACCGCUGGUUCGCAAGCAGCUCAUUGACGCGGGCGACGCUUUCCCUUACGCUGAACCUGACGGCAAAGUCAUCAGCCGAAGUGGAGAUGAUUGUGUCGCAGCUUUGCUUGAUCAAUGGUACAUGAACUAUGGAACAGCGGCCAAUGGUGGAGACGGAGAAUGGGCGGAGAAGGUCCGAUCACACAUCGAAGGCGAACUCAACUUGUACUACCCCGAGGCGAAGAACCAGUUCUUGCGAGUUGUCGACUGGCUCAGCAUCUGGGCAUGUGCACGAUCAUACGGUCUUGGCACCAAGGUACCAUGGGAUCCGAGCGUGAUGGUAGAGAGCUUGUCGGACAGUACCAUCUACCAGGCGUACUACUCAUUCGCCCAUUUACUCCACAAGGACAUGUUCGGAAAGGAGCCUGGAUCUCUUGGCGUAAAACCAGACCAGCUGACAGAUGACGCCUGGGACUACGUCUUUGCCCUCCGCGACCGAAGCGAUGUUCCAGAGUCGACUAUCCCGAAGGAAACUCUACAGACCAUGCGACGACACUUUGACUACUGGUACCCGCUUGACAUGCGGACUUCCGGAAAGGACUUGAUUCAAAAUCAUUUGACCUUCAACCUUUACGUACACACCGCUAUUUUCCCCAAGGAGAACUGGCCUCGCAGCUUCCGCGUGAAUGGCCACUUGCUGCUCAACGGCGAGAAGAUGAGCAAAUCUACCGGCAAUUUCCUGACUAUUGCCGGCGCCGUCGAGAAGUUUGGAGCGGAUGCUACACGUAUUGCGCUCGCUGAUGCAGGUGACGAGAUCACGGAUGCCAACUUCGAAGAGACGGUCGCCAACAGCAAUAUCCUGAAGCUGUUCGAGCUCCGCAAAUGGUGCGAAGAACUCAUGAAUGAAGCGGUAUACGUCCCUGAUGCCGCUGCAUACAUGGAGAAGAGAACAACCGAGCGUGUAAAGAACCCCGAUGUGAUCCAACGACAGAGCGGCAGCGAGCGUCUCCUCUUCGACAAGAUGUUCGACAAUGAGAUGAACGUACUUAUCCACGACGCCUACACACACUACUCCAACACGGCUUACAAGCUAGCCCUCAAGUCAGGAUUCUACGACUUCACCAGCGCUCGCGACUUCUACCGUGAGGCCACCAAGGCUGCAGGUAUCGGUAUGCACCAAGACCUUGUCAAGAAGUUCGUCGAACUACAAUCACUCCUCCUCACACCCAUCGCACCUCAUUGGGCUGAAUACAUAUGGCUUGAAGUACUUAAGAACAAGGAAACGGUUCAGAAAGCCCAAUGGCCAAAGGUCCCAGAGCCCGACUCGGCACUCACAGCAGCUCGCGAGUUUGUCCGAACUACACAGACCAACAUCACAUCAGCCGAAGGCAACGCAAUCAAGAAGCUGUCCAAGGGCAAGGCCGCAACCUUUGACCCCAAGAAGGAGAAGAGGAUUACAAUCUUCUCCGCUCAAGAGUGGCCUGCUUGGCAGAAGAAGUACGUCGACAUGCUUCGUGACGCUGCCACAAUCGACAUCAAGGCCAUCAGCAAGUCGAUUGAUAAGUCGGAAACCAAGAAGGCGAUGCCCUUUAUCAAUAGUCUCAAGCGUCGUCUCGAUACCGGCGAGCCAAAGGAUGCGGUGCUGAACCGUGAGCUCGCUUUCGAUGAGCUGUCGACUCUGCGCGCCAUGGUCCCUGGCUUGAAGCAGACGGUAAUGAAGUGUGUCGAAGUAGAGAUUGUCACGGUCUCUGAAGGCGGAAAGGAGGGGACAGUGAUCAAGGAAGACGGCAGCAAGGGCGAGACAAGAACAGAACUAUCACCAAUGGCUGCGACUGCUGAGCCAGGAUCGCCCAGCUUCUCGUUUGAGAAUGUUGAGGGUCUGCCUGUCAGAUAGGUUGGGUUACAGUGAGCUUACGCAUUAAUGACUACAUGAUUGAUGUGUAUGGCAUGGCCUGGGAUGGUAGAUAGACGUCUUACACUGUGUCGAACACUCCACGAUAGACGACCCUGACAAAUACCAAAAGUCAUGAUAUUG